AUGGCUUCUGUGAAAUCUACCGGAAUACACGAACCUGCUGGGCUGCGCUUUGCGAUAGCCGAAAACAUACUCCCGUAUAACGCAGCGCCGGACUCGUACGCCUGGGAAAUACAUACCGACGAUAAUGGAGAGGACGAACUAUUCACGACCGACACAUGUGCCAUAUGGUCUCGUGGCGGCGAGGUCGGCAGAUGUCUUCGAUUUGAAGCCGAGAAGGAACCAAUAUUAAAGGCUCUGCUGGCGUAUUUUCCUGCUGGCGAGAAUGGCAUCGAGAACGAAGACUCAGCAUCCUGUAACACAGGCGCAGACCCUUCCACAAGAUCGUCCCUUUCCAAGACCUUGAUUGUUUUCCUAAAGACUCAAGCCCAUGUAUUCUCAUUCUCCGGGGGCGAGUAUGUUAUACAUAUGCCGUUCGAGGUUGAGACGGCUAUUGCAGCUCCGCGUGGUGUCAUCAUCCAGCGCAAAUCAAAGCUUGACACUACAGUACCAGUGACUCUUAAGUUUCCUCGUGCUCCGCCAAACUCAUUUCUUUCGUCACAUAUUCUUCCGAUGGUCAAUGACCUAGGGAGCCAAACGUUUUCAACCGCUAGCCUUGGUAAACCGCGACCCAUGCCAUUACGUCUCAGCUCGACACUCGAUACUAUGUGGGAUACUCCGCUAGAGACUGGAGACUCUGGAUGGCCUCGGCUUGUUUUCCUCGCAGACCCAAUGCUUCCAAUUGGCUUGGUGGCUUUACAACCGGAAAAAGGAAGCAGGCUCGGAAUAUCGGCCAGGACUCCAUUCCUUGACCCGGCCGAGGAGAUAUUACAUGUCGAGUCCAUCAUGCACGACCGGACCACAUCCAACAACAAUGGCAACAAUGACAGUCUCGUACUGGCAGUUACUGUGAAUCGCGAAACAAGCAUGUACAGCGUAUGGAGGAUGUCAUAUUUGAACAGUGGAGAUCAAAUCACGUCUCGUCGGAAGAAGCCAAAAACAACGGUUUCCCGCCGACGCAGCUCAAUGCAGCCCGGUCUCCAAAGUGGCACAACGACACCUCGCCAUUCAAGUAUGCGCGAGAGCCUAGGUGGCACUCUGCCCGUAAAGAAGACGCGCAGGGGCGAAGCCCCGGAUAAGGGUGACACAUCAUUGGAAAUGGCCCUGUCGCUCGAGACAGAUAGAGCAGCAGAGGCCUCGAGACGGCAAUCCCGCAGAGUUAGCUCUCUGCUAGCAAGAGCAGACCUUUCAGCGUCCCAAGAAAGACCGUUAUUUGCCGAAACGCCCCUACUUUCUACUGGAACGGGAAGACGCGCAGACUCCCAUGGCAGCCAACGGGGCCGAGCGAGUGUGGGACUGGCUGCUACAACCUCAAAUGUUUUGUACAAUCAGACUUUGAACAGCCUUUUAGAAGCCCCGGUUGAUGGACUUCUGGAGGAGCUACGUUCCGGUGGUGACUUCGAAGGGUUCCACAGUAUGAGACUAGACGACACAGAAUACGAUGGACUUAGCAAGGAAAUCCUUUUCACAAAGAUACGCAGCGUCCCGAUGGAUACAGCAAACCUCCGGUACUCACUAUCCAAUACUCCAGCCAACAAGUUGAGCAAGGUCUAUAUCGUUACUGGGACGCCCUACUCGGUUGACGAACAAGACCGUAACUACCUCCUUAUCUGCAUACAAGACAUGAUCGACACACGGCUGCAACUCUUGACACUCCACAUACAAACACGCAGGAGUCCAAUGCCUCUUGCAGAUAAGGAGACAACAUCGAUCACAUGGGGUCAGCUGAGGAGAGCCCAGAACGUGGCAGACUCGUGUAAAAUAUUUGACGGGGAUCAAACAAUGAUUCUUAUUCUCUCGGAGGGGAACGAUGGACAGCACCAGCUGAGCAUCCAGGCUCCUUGGAGCGAGUUGACUACCAUCGUACUACCGUCCCUAUCUCUGUACAAGCAGGACGUGUACUCGACAUAUGAUUUCGAGGAACCUUUCCCCAACCCGCAACCGGAUGUGGUAGAGGCCAUGCACAUAUGCGGAUUCACCGCCGGCAUGCUCGACUCACUUCCGGAGGGCAUUGCGGCACCACUACGAGACGCGGUGAGCCGGUGUCAGCAACACCCACCGCCCCAUUGGGACCAUGGCCUCUACGAGCUGGUUGGACGUGGUGAUAUAAAUACUGUGCUGAAGGCAGGCCCGCACAGCAUCCACACGUCCCCCAAUAGAGCGAUCGCCCCAGCAGUUGCACAUCACAACUCGCAGGCAAUAAAAGGUGUCAAAGACGAGACAAAUAUACAGCCUGUCGAAGAACCAGAGAGUGAAGAACGCCAAGCGGUAAUACAAGCGCUGUUUGGAGAAGACAAGCGACUCUACGAAGCGCAAGGCCUCCUCUCCGCCUGCAUUAUGGGAAUCGGGCUGUUGUACUACAAUAGCCAGCAUCGGCGAAUGAGCGAAAUCAUGAUGUCCGAAAUCGAAUUCAUGGACGACGAGGAUGAAGAGGACCCGUUGAGAAACGAAGGCUAUCGAUUGGCGGCCGGCUUUGCACUUGGCUUCAUCAAUCUCGGAAAGGGCAGUGAUCGGAAAGGCUUAUUGGACAUGCAAAUCACCGAGCAACUCCUUAGUCUUGCAUACUCGACGAAAAAGGUAGAGCUGGUCAAUGUUCUUGACCGCUCUGCCGCUGCAGCGACUGUGGCUAUCUGUCUCAUUUAUAUGAAGACGGAAGAUCAAAUUGUUGCUCGCAAGAUCGAUGUCCCCGACUCUAUUCUCCAAUUCGAUUACGUCCGUCCCGACGUUUUACUGCUUCGAACACUGGCGAAGAACCUCAUCCUGUGGAGCGGUAUUGCCUUGCGCUAUGCGGGUUCUGCAAAUCGCAGAGUCAGAGAUAUGCUGGUUCACUACCUUGACAGCUUUCGACGAAUCGUUCAGGAAUUGCCGGCCGACCAUUUCGACGCGCAAACAGCCAGGGCGGGGGCACGCAUGUGCUUGGAUGUUCUAGCCCUGUCAUGUGCGACGGUCAUGUCGGGAACGGGCGAUCUCAUAGUCUUGCGAAGAUUGAGAUCGCUGCAUGGCCGUGAUGACGUCCACACCACGUAUGGUAGUCAUUUUGCUGCCCAUUUGGCCAUUGGGACUUUGUUCCUCGGAUCCGGCACAACGACAUUUGGAAAUAGCAACCUGGCCGUGGCUGCACUUCUUGUUGCAUUUUACCCAAUCUUUCCAACGACCAUCCAAGACAACGGCUCGCAUUUGCAGGCCUUUCGCCAUUUUUGGGUUCUGGCUACUGAGCCGCGGUGUCUGGUCACAAAGGAUAUUGCAACAGGCCUGCCCAUAUCUGUCCCCAUAACGAUCUGCCUUAAGCCGACAGCAUUGUCGAUAUCCGCGUUGGCGGUUUCUCGAGAGGAGUAUAUGCUGCACCGAAAAACACCUUGCCUACUUCCGCCAUUAGAAGAUGUUAUCACUGUUCGGACCGAUGCAUCUGCCCAAGGGUACUGGGACCUAGAAGUCAAUUUUGAGAGACACCCAAACCUUCGGCACGAUUUCCAGACAAACCAAAACCUUUAUCUGCGCAGGCGCCCUGCACACGAGUGCGCUUUUUCGACAACACUGCAAGUGCUAGGCUGUGGGGUGCCUGCUACUUUGAUUGCCCCUAGUAUUGGGCUGCCCAGUACGGGUUUGAACGGAGAAUCAGCCUGCUUGGACUGGUUAUUCGAACUCAGGAGGUUCAAGGGUAUCACUCUUGCAGAACGUGCAUAUAUGCUCGGCCAGCUCGGUACAUCUGAAGAUGGCAACGGGCACAUCUUCAGCAACAUCAUAGAUGCGCGGCUGGUGCUGGAGACUAGCCUGGAACGAUGGAGCCGAAACGGUCUUCUUGAUUUGCGUCUCCUUUUCGACUGGGCAAGCCUGCGAGACAGCCUGCGACAGUGCGAUGAGGGAGCUGGCAGCGCUGUAGAGAACAGAGACAAAGGCACAGAAAUGGAAGUUCCCGCUGACUUGCAACAUGAAGGACAACUGCCAUGGUCGACCAGCUCAGCUGCUGUUGACUGGUGGAUGGACGAUAGCAUCAUUGACACUCUGAAGGGCAAGGCCUGGAUUGCUGGCCAGAAGGAACGAAUAGCCAAGCCUCUCUAG